UUUUGUGAAAUACCAAGGAUACGUCAGUUGCAAGCGUGCCCCUUUUGUUCUGUUCCAGUAUUUUUCCCCCCCGGCUUGGCAUAGUUAAUAUGAGCAUACUUGACUAGCUCACCAAAUGCACGGGGCAGCGGUCAGUGAGGGCACCCGUGUGUUGAAGACACUUUGCUUCUUGAAGUUUGAAGAACGCAAACAGUAGAGCAAAAAUAUUUCUUUCACAAGUUAGUUUCAGGAUUGUGUGCAUCAAUGCCGAGACAUUUUAUUAUGGAAAGUUCUCAGAAGGAGCAUGGUAUUAUUCCUUGGAAGAUUCACCCACCCCCCAAAGAGAAACCGCUCCCGAGGAGUGGCCAGUCAAACGGGAGGCAGUCCUGCUUUGCCACCCUUAAGAUGUUUCUCAUGGCAUUGUCUUUUGCCUAUUUUGCUAAGGCAUUAUCUGGAAGCUACAUGAAAAGCACAAUAACUCAGCUGGAGAGGCGAUUUGAUAUUCCCAGUUAUUUAAUAGGAGUUAUUGAUGGGAGCUUUGAGAUUGGUAAUUUGUUGGUGAUUGCUUUCGUCAGCUACUUCGGAGCAAAGCUCCACAGACCCAAAAUGAUCGGAGCCGGGUGCCUUAUUAUGUCGAUAGGGACGUUUUUAAUUGCAAUGCCUCAUUUCUUUAUCGGUCGCUAUAAGUUCGAAACGACAAUUAGAUCUUCCGCCAACUCAACCAGUAACCUUUCUCCAUGUCCAGCAAGCUACGAUCAGACAGUGCCUGGUGCAAUGGACAAGCCGUCAAUAAUAACCAGCACAGGCUGUGAGAAGGAGGUGGGCUUCUCCGUGUGGAUCUAUGUCUUCUUGGGCAAUGUGCUGCGUGGGAUUGGGGAGACUCCGGUGCAGCCGCUGGGCAUCUCUUACAUCGAUGAUUUUGCUCGAGAAGAAGAUGCAGCUUUCUACAUCGGCUGUGUCCAGACCAUAGCCAUCAUCGGGCCAGUGUUUGGAUUUCUACUUGGAUCUCUGUGUGCCAGAAUAUUUGUAGACAUUGGAUUUGUGGAUAUGGAUAGCAUCACAAUAGCCCCCGGUGAUGCCCGGUGGGUCGGCGCGUGGUGGCUCGGCUAUUUGAUAGCUGGGUUCAUUACACUUUUAUCCGCAAUCCCGUUCUGGUUCCUUCCAAAGUCACUGCCAAUCCCAGACACGAGACGAAAUUCAAAAACUUUCCCUGAACAAUCCCGGUUUAUCAAAGAAUCGCCCACAAAGAAAAAAUAUGACUAUGAAGAGCCAGCAAAUUUCACAGAAAUAGCAAAAGAUUUUGUUCCCUCAUUGAAAAGCCUGCUUGUAAACCCUGUCUACGUCUUGUACCUGUGUGUAACAAUAAUACAGUUCAGUUCCUUGAUUGGCAUGGUAACGUACAAGCCCAAAUACAUUGAGCAGCAUUAUGGACAAUCGGCUUCAAAAGCCAACUUUCUGAUUGGUGUCAUUAAUAUCCCUGCUGUAGCACUGGGGAUAUUCUCCGGUGGGCUUCUGAUGAAGAAAUUCAAACUGAGUGUGAUGGGAGCUGCAAAGUUUGUACUCGGGACGUCUUUGCUUGGCUACGUCUUGUCUCUUUUCUUCUUCGCAAUGGGCUGUGAGAAUGCCACAGUGGCUGGGUUAACUGUCUCCUACCAAGGGGUCAAACAGGCCUCUUUCCAUGAGAACGCCUUGCUUGCAGACUGCAACUCUGGUUGCAUUUGUUCAGUGAAGCAGUGGGAUCCAGUUUGUGGGGACAAUGGAAUCACCUAUAUCUCUCCUUGCCUGGCUGGUUGCAAAACAUUGAGUGGAUCUGGGAAAAACACAGUGUUUGAUGACUGCAGGUGUGUGGCAGAGCCCGGCUCCUCCCUGGGGAAUGAUUCAGCUGUCCUGGGACACUGCCAGCAGAGAGAGGAUUGUGACAGAGUGUUCCCUUAUUUCCUGGCUCUGUCUGUCCUCAGCUCUUUUGUCAUUUCUUUGGGGGGCACGCCUGGAUACAUCUUACUCAUGCGGUGCAUUAAGCCUGAAUUAAAAUCCUUGGCUUUGGGUUUUCACGCAUUGGCCACAAGAACACUUGCAGGAAUCCCAGCUCCUAUAUAUUUUGGAGCCCUCAUAGACACCACCUGCUUGAAAUGGGGAAACAAUAGAUGUGGCGGGCGGGGAGCAUGCAGGAUAUACGACACCAAUGCUUACAGAAUUGUUUACUUGGGAUUGACGUUGGGGUUACGGACAGUGUCAUACUUCUUCUGUUUCGCCGUUUUCGUUCUCUUGAAAAGGCAGUACAAAUACAAAGAGAAAAGAGACUUAGCUAACGGCACAGCAGAGGUGCACCCGCUGAGGAAGGAAGAGUCGAACUCUUUUAAUAGCGAGCAUUUGAUAAGGACCGCGGACUGUUAUACAGGGAAGGAGACGCGCCUGUGAAGUGGGUUAAAUACAGCCAGCAUGCCAUUCAUGUGGGACCCUGCCAUGGCAGUCCUCUUCAAAGUUAUAUAUUUGUACUGGAGUAAUGUAGAUGAUGGAAAAUAAAGAUAGUUUUUAAAAUAGUUCAAUUAACACAUUUUCAAUGUAUAUGCUAGAAGAGUUUCUACAAAAAGUCUUAAACUGUGAACUGUUUUUUUUUGUUGUUUUUACAUGUUUCUUAGCGAAGAAUGUAAAUGCUCUGUUAUUUUCUUUAAUUUUGUGAACAAGCUUUCGAAUGAUGUAUGGAAAUGUAUAUCUUUUUUAGUUUAUUUUUUAAAAGAUGGUGUGUUUCCAAACAAAAA